GAGAAAGUGAUCUAGUUCAUUACGAUGCCUUCAAUCUAACCCUUGACCUCGUUGACCUCGAUUUUGAAACGUCUUCUUUCUUUCGGUCCAGAGGCUGUGAAAAAGUGGCGAAAUAGUCAAAUUUGCUGCAUUCUAAAGAUAAUCGUCGCCGUUGUCGAUUUGACAAGUAUCUUGAGGAACCUGAGUGGUUGGCAGCAUGAGUAAGCGUAAAGUGCAGUUUGCGGAGCGUAGUGAUGAUGAUGAUCUGGAUGACCAGCUGGAGGCCCUGGGAGGAGAGGAAGGGGGCGGAGACAAACCCAGCAGACCCACCCGCUUCAAGGAGAAACACUCCCUGGACAGUGAUGAAGAGGACAAGGAAGACGACGACGACAAGGGUCGUCUGAGCGAUGAAGACAUCGAAGGACAGGAGGACGACACUAUCAUGUUUGACGGAGACAUCCGCGUCACACCAUUCAACCUGAAGGAAGAGAUGGAAGAAGGACACUUUGACAAACACGGCCACUUUGUAGCUGACAAAGAAGAAGAGAUUCGCGACAACUGGCUAGACAACAUUGACUGGGUCAAAAUCAAGAAGACAGAAGAUCUACAGAAGGAAAGAGAGGCAAGAGGGGGACAAGACAUGCAGGAUGAGACAGAGGAGAGGAGUGAGACAGAGGUGCUGAAGGAAACACUACAGUACAUGAAGCCUGGGGAGACAGUUGCCAAGGCCUUGCGCAGGCUGGGUGGGGGUAAAAAGGCGUCAUCCAACCGGAAGUGGCAGACUAAAAAGGCAAAGGUGGAUGACGAGAAGGAGGGAGACAAGAAGGAGCCCACAGAGGAGGACAAGGCCAAAACUGACAUGUUGAGGUUGACUGAGUGUGCCGACUACUUUGUCCAGAAUGGGAACUACGAGUUCUACCAGUUUACUUACGAGAGAAUUAACUACCAGCUGAAGGGACCGUCGGUGCCGGGCAUGGCUGCGAGCUCAUCCAAAAACGAGGACGACAUUCUAGACAUGUUUGGGGACAGUCUGGACAAAGAUAAAGGAGACAGUUCUCAGGCUAAGAAUGGAGACACUACAAACAAGUCAGAGAGUAAAGAGGAAACAGCCGACCCAGCUUCAGAUGAAGUGUGCUGGGAGUUUAAGUGGGAGAACCAGCCGGAUGCAGAGGUGUAUGGGCCACACCCAAGCUCCCAGAUGCUACAGUGGUCAGAAGAGGGGUACUUCCCUGACGGGGUGUUUGUCAGGAAGAGUGGACAGUCAGAGUUCUACAACUCAAAGAGAAUAGACUUUGAACUCUACACAUAGAGCUUAUCAGUUGAAUGAAUGUUAAGAUUGUAGUGAGAUCAAAUGUGUGUGUGUGAUGGCCAAAAUCACUUCCUAACUGACAGGACAGUCUUUGUUGGUAGCAAUGAAAUCUCAGUAUAACUGUAGUGCAAACUCUCUCAAUUAUAGUACUGGCAGAAUUGAUGAAAUAGCUGUUUGUAUACAUAGCUGCUUGUCUCCCUUGUUGCUACAAAUUUUGUUAUUGGUUGAUGAUUUAAGUCAUCAAAUAUAUGUAAUACACAUGAUGCUGGAAUUGUGUUU